UAGAACAAGAGUAUGAUUUCUGAAAACAAACAUAGCCUUAAGUGAAAUCGUUGCUUUGCUUCUGUUACAAACCAAACAGGCAAAAAAACGUAAAAAAGGAAAAGAAAAUUUUUCUUUCAAAGAUCAAAGGAAGGAAAAUAUUUAAAAAACGAAGAGAGAAAGAGAGACAAUAGAGAGAUGAAGAAGUCAGGAGCAGAGAAGAAAAGGGUGCGAAGAUCAUCAGGUGCCGUACAGAACGGCACCAGAGAUCCCAAUUCUGAUACCCCUCCUAGGAAACAAUCUGCAAAGAAGGACGUGUUCCAGUUAUUUGCUGAGAAGGUGAGAGACCACAAAGAUUUGGUUUCUCGUUGGGCAGUUUUGCAGGAGACACGUGUUGAAUACUUUCGAGGGAAAGAUUUUGUAAGUUUCCUGAAGAAUCAUCCAGAGCUUAAAGAUGUCUUGGAAGCAAAUAAAAAUUUUGAGGUUGAAGAAAUUGCUAAUGCCUUAUUAAAAAAGAACCUUUUAGUCCGUUGUGAUCGUGUGGUGAAAACAGUUCGUCCGGGGAAGAAAAAGUUGUCUACCUGGCCAGCUCAUUUAGAGAUCUUCCCUGACCAAGUAUUUUCAGAAAAUGAUGCUUUUUUCGCAUGGACAUUCGUAAAACGACGGCCCCUGUGGCAGACACUUCUCUCAUUUUUUUGGCCAGUUUUGACACUAGCGAUUUGCUUGUUUCCGGUAUAUCCUCAUCGGUGCAAGCUUUUAAUUCUCUACUCAUGUGCAGGAGUGCUUUUAUUAAUACUCUCCCUGCUUCUGUUAAGAGCUGCAGUUUUUGGUGCUCUAUAUAUCAUUCUCGGAAAGCGUAUUUGGUUUUUCCCUAACAUCCUUGCUGAAGAAGCUACUUUGCGAGAAUUGUUCCGAUUGUGGCCCAAGAAAGAUGAGGAGGAACGGCCUAAGUGGACAGCAAGGCUUUUCUAUGCAGUCGUAGCUGUGUUGAUCAUAUUACUGCUGAGGCAUCAUGCCCCUGACGAAGCAGCUAGAGCUAGGUAUCAAAAGCGUAUGUCCAAUAUCAUUGAUGAUGUUCUUGAGUGGUCUCCAAGGUUGGCAUUGUCUGGGAUGAUGGAGAAGCAACAGACUGUGGUUAAUGCUACAGAGCCCGAUGAAGGUAUUGCAGAUGGGAGUAUGACAAACUCGGAGCAAAUCAAGGAUGAAGCAUUUGGAAAUGGAGAGGAAAGCGAACAACCUCAGCAUCAAGAUCAAAUAUAAUGAUAGAAAGUGCAAUACUGAGCAGAGGAUAGAUACAGUACCUUUUUCUUUUGGUUUUAAUCUUUCAUUUUGAGUGUAAAACUGUAAUCAAACAGUAAAAUAAAGCAGUUGGCUUUUGUUUAA